AUAUUUGUAGUUCGUUGGCGGGUCGUGCUCCCGUCACCCGGAAUACGGUAAAACGGUCUCGGAAAGAUUCCUAGUUUGUCUGGUUUUUGCUAGCACACGAAAUCCAAUUUCUUAAUCUGUUAUCACCAGCAAGCAAUUGAUAAUUUCCUAAAUAUUUACAUCUGCUCCAAAAAAACCUAAAUAGAAAUUCUGGAUUUCUUUGUUUUUUUAGAAAAGAAGAAGAAGAUUUCUCGAAUCCUCAGACACAGACAGAGAGAGUGAAGUCCUUCUGAACUCCCUACCACCGCAGGUACCAGGUAGAAAUGGCGACUGGGGCUGUACCAGCAUCAUUUUCAGGGUUAAAGAUGAGGGAAUCAAGCUUAGGGUUUGGAAAAAGCGUGGAUUUCGUGAGAAUUUGUGAUAUAAAGAGGAUCAAAUCCGGUAGAAAAAGAAUUUCAAUGAUUCAAAACUCUAAUACUGGUCCUGGGAUUGUUGAGCUUCAACCUGCAUCAGAAGGGAGCCCUCUAUUAGUCCCAAGAAAAAAGUAUUGUGAAUCUAUAAACAAGACUGUCAGAAGGAAAACACGCACUGUACUGGUGGGAAAUGUGCCUCUUGGUAGUGAGCAUCCUGUAAGGGUUCAAACUAUGACCACAACUGACACCAAGGAUGUUGCUGCGACAGUUGAACAGGUGAUGAGAAUAGCAGACAAGGGAGCAGAUAUAGUUCGUAUAACAGUUCAAGGGAAGAGAGAAGCCGAUGCCUGUUUUGAAAUCAAAAACUCUCUUGUGCAGAAAAAUUACAAUAUUCCUCUGGUUGCGGAUAUUCAUUUCGCUCCAUCUGUUGCAUUGCGAGUAGCUGAAUGCUUUGACAAGAUUCGUGUCAACCCAGGAAAUUUUGCUGAUAGGCGGGCUCAAUUUGAGAAGCUAGAGUACACAGAAGAUGACUAUGAGAAAGAACUUGAGCAUAUUGAGAAGGUUUUUACUCCAUUGGUUGAGAAAUGUAAGAAGUAUGGAAGGGCAAUGCGUAUUGGAACAAACCAUGGGAGUCUUUCAGAUCGUAUAAUGAGCUACUAUGGAGAUUCUCCUAGGGGAAUGGUUGAAUCUGCAUUUGAGUUUGCUAGGAUAUGUCGGAAGUUGGACUUCCAUAAUUUUGUCUUUUCAAUGAAAGCAAGCAACCCAGUUGUCAUGGUCCAGGCAUACCGUCUACUUGUAGCGGAAAUGUAUGUUCAAGGUUGGGAUUAUCCAUUACACUUGGGCGUCACUGAAGCUGGAGAAGGUGAAGAUGGGCGGAUGAAAUCUGCAAUUGGCAUUGGGACUCUUCUUCAGGAUGGUUUGGGUGAUACAAUUAGGGUUUCACUUACAGAACCACCAGAAGAGGAGAUAGAUCCCUGCAGAAGGUUGGCCAAUCUUGGUAUGAGAGCAGCCGAAAUUCAGCAAGGAGUGGCACCAUUUGAGGAAAAGCACAGGCAUUACUUUGAUUUCCAGCGCCGAUCUGGUCAAUUGCCAGUGCAAAAGGAGGGUGAGGAGGUGGAUUAUAGAGGUGUCCUGCACCGUGAUGGCUCCGUGCUCAUGUCAGUCUCUUUAGAUCAGUUGAAGGCACCCGAACUUCUCUAUAAGUCACUUGCAGCAAAGAUUGUUGUUGGGAUGCCUUUUAAGGAUCUGGCAACAGUUGACUCAAUAUUUUUGAGAGAGCUCCCACCAGUGGAUGAUAACGAUGCUCGGCUAGCUCUCAAAAGGUUGAUAGAAGUUAGUAUGGGAGUAAUAGCUCCUUUAUCAGAGCAGCUAACGAAGCCAUUACCCAAUGCCAUGGUUCUAGUCAACCUUAAGGAGUUGUCUACUGGUGCAUACAAGCUUUUGCCAGAAGGUACACGCUUGGUUGUGUCUUUACGUGGCGAUGAGCCCUGUGAAGAAUUGGAAAUUCUCGAACAUGUUGAUGCCACAAUGAUUCUUCAUGUUCUACCCCUUUCAGAGGAUAAGAGUGGCAGAGUGCAUGCAGCAAGGAGAUUAUUUGAGUAUCUCGUAGACAAGGCUUUGAGUGUCCCUGUGAUUCACCAUAUUCAAUUUCCAAAAGGGGUUCGCAGGGAUGACCUGGUCAUUGGUGCUGGUACAGAUGCUGGAGCUCUUUUAGUAGAUGGUCUAGGAGAUGGUGUCCUUAUUGAAGCCCCAGACCAGGAUUUUGAUUUUCUCAGGAAUACAUCUUUCAACUUACUACAAGGUUGCAGAAUGAGAAAUACAAAGACGGAAUAUGUCUCAUGCCCUUCAUGCGGAAGAACUUUGUUUGAUCUUCAAGAGAUAAGUGCAGAAAUACGAGAAAAGACAUCACACUUGCCUGGUGUCUCGAUCGCAAUCAUGGGUUGCAUUGUGAAUGGCCCUGGGGAGAUGGCUGAUGCAGAUUUUGGGUACGUCGGUGGUGCUCCUGGAAAGAUUGACCUUUAUGUUGGAAAGACGGUGGUCAGGCGUGGAAUUGAAAUGGAGCAUGCCACUGACGCCUUGAUCCAGCUGAUUAAAGAUAAUGGCCGCUGGGUAGAUCCUCCUGCUGAAGGGUAAACUGAUAGAUAGUUCCAGUUCCACAAUCUUAGAAUAAACAAAGGCAGAAAUCCAUGAUACAGCACAACAGUCAAUCACUACAGCGGAAAAUAUACCUGUCAGCGUAAUGUUGUACUGCAUUCUCUCUCUCUCUCAACAAUUACAUAAUCUGUAGUUCUGUACUGCAUUCUCUCUCUCUCAACAAUUUCGAGUAGAUAUGCUUACUAUAUUGAGGAAUCAUGUAAUUGUUGAGAGAGAGAGAAUGCAGUACAGAUUUAUAUAAUCUUUCUAUUACAUCCCAUUCAAUAACUUAAACUUAUCUAUUAUAAUAUAAUUUAUAUAAUACUCUAAUAUAUUUUUGUGGAGUAUAGUGCAAAAACAUUAAUCUCCAAAAUAA